AUGCGUCUCACACCCAUUCUCCUCUCGCUGGUGACAGUGUCACUGGCUGCCCCUGCGAACUAUUUCGAUGAUGCCUAUGACUUCUCGGAUGAGCUCUCGGACUAUUAUUCCAAAGUCAGCCAGUAUAUCAACCGUGUGAAGAAGAGCACGUCUCCGUCGGCAUCAUGUGAUACAUCCAAGAUCUCAUUGCCCUCAUUCGCCUCUGGUCUUCCGGCUCCCAAUGGAACGAAGCCAAUGUAUGUGGCACUUGGACGGGGAACACAGAACUAUACAUGUGCCGACUCUACGUCUGCGUCUACUCCUUUUGCUAUCGGUGCAGUCGCCAACCUGUACAAUGCGACAUGCUUGGCUGCCAACUACCCUGAUCUCCUGGAGUCACUUCCCAACAUUGCCUACAAGAUUUCCCUGCCUACUACCGAGUAUGCAACCUUUCCGCCCGCCAAUCUCGAGCUGAUUGGGCACCAUUUCUUCACUAGCACCAUUCCCGAGUUCAACUUGGACACCACAGAAGCCAAACAGUUCGGCGUUGCUUUGACCAAGAAGGAGAGCUCACUCAAUGCCCCCUCAACUGCUGUAAAGGGCGAGUAUGGUGCAGUGGCUUGGCUGUACCUGUCAACCAUUGAGGGCACUGUUGGCAACUACAAGGGUGUCUACCGAGUGAACACGGCUUCGGGCUCUCCACCCGACACUUGCGAGAAGAUGCCAUCUUCAUUUGAGAUCCAGUAUUCUGCAGUCUAUUAUUUCUAUGGAAGUUAG